AAGUCAAGCAACAAACAACCAACAACAAAAUCAACAUGUUCAAGUUCAUUGCCGCCGUUGUCCUCGCUCUGAUUGCCUGCGUUGCCGCCAAGCCAGGAAUCGUUGCACCACUGGCCUACUCUGCACCACUGGUGGCUGCCGCACCCUCUGCCGUCGUCUACAGCACCGAGUAUCACGGCAACUUUGCCUCACCCUAUGUGGCAUCUCCCUAUGUGGCAUCCCCCUAUGUGGCAUCCCCCUACGUUGCCUCUCCCUACGUCGCUUCGCCCUACGCUGCCGCCUACACCGCCCCCGUGCUGCUCAGGAAGUAGAAGAUGGACUCCGAAAAACAACCAAGAAAAUGCUGCUCAAAUUUGACAAUCUAAUAAAAAGUUGAUAACAAACGAAAUAUCCGAAAA